UCAAUUACCGGUUAAAGAAAGUUUUGCAUUUUUAUUUGAGAGCAUAGCUGUGCUGCAUCUUGUCAUCCUCUUCGUGCUAAUUAUUUUCCUACUUCCGCUUUGUAAAUCUGUUGAAAUGGAGCCUGAAAGAGCUUCUGCUGCGCUGGUACUUAUUGCGUCCCUUAUAGGUCUCGUCGGAGCUGUCGACAACACCAUGGGCACGGGUUCCAUCCUCUCGGCCACUGGCAACAGUACUUGGCUAUCCAGUUCCGGCAAGUUCGCCUUCGGAUUCUACAAUGAAGGGAGCGGCUUUGCCGUGGGCAUCAAGUUCUUUCCCAUGCCCAACUCAAAUUACUCAACCGUGAUUUGGACGGCGGAUCGGGACCAUCAGCCCAUUCCCGCCAAUGCAAAUCUGACUUUCGGAUACGAAGGCCUUGUGCUUCAUCUCGACGAGGGUAAUCGGAUCAUUACCGGCGACUCAUACGAUGGCAGUUCGCAGCUCGCGUUCGCUUCCAUGAAAAAUUCCGGUAACUUCAUCGUCUACGACUCGCACUACAACAUAGCAUGGCAAACGUUCGAUAACCCUACGGACACCCUCCUGGCAGGCCAGGCGUUUCCUAUGGGCCAUAACCUCAUCUCCAGCGUUUCGGAGAACAACCAAUCGAGCGGCAGGUUCCGAUUCUCGAUGCAGAGGGACGGAAAUGUUGUUCUUUAUCCGGUUAACACCCCGGAUACCGAGACAAACGCCUACUGGUCCUCAGGAACCAGUGGCUAUAACGGCCUUGUCCUAGACCAUGACGGCUCAUUUAGAUUAACCGAUCUUAAUUUCAUUGGACACCCCUUUUUUCUAAGCCUAAACUCAUCGCCGGACAUGUCGGUAGAAUUCUUAAGAAUAGAAGCCAACGGUUACCUCCGGAUUUACUCCACCAACCAAUCUGGCUUGAUGAUGGUAUCUGGUCAAAUCCCGGACGAUAAUAAUAAGUGCUUCAUAAAAGGCAUAUGUGGAUUAAACAGUUACUGCAAUUCCACAGGGGACAACGGCGAUGUGCAAUGCCUCUGUUUGCCGGGCUACGUUUACAUUGACCGGAGCAGAGUAUUCGUCGGCUGUGAAAGGAACUUCACCAGGUGGAGCUGUGAGGCGGCGGUUAAUGGAAGCACCGGCAAUAGUGCCUGUUAUAACAUUUCCAGAUUGCAUAACAUAACCUGGUCGGAUGAUUCCUACAACCGCUCCACGGUCAAAUCCGAGCAUGAAUGCAGCGACGUGUGCUUCAGGGACUGUGAUUGCUAUGCUGCUCUAUUCUUGCCAUCAACAAACCAAUGCAACAAGCAGAGGUACCCGUUCCAGUACGGGAGAGUUCUACUUGACCAGGACGAGCCAACAGUAGCGUUCAUCAAGGUCGGCCUUGCAGAGCAAGAGAAUCAACCAUCAGUAAAGCCGGUCAGCAGAGAAAAUCUACGAGUGCUGGGAACCGUUCCUCUGGUUCUACCGUUGCUCCUUACGGCGACCUUUGCCAUUGUACUCGAUUUCUUGAUCUUCUUCCUGUGCAGGUACCGCAUGGGGAUAUACCGUAGACUCUGUGAGAGCAUGGAGACCGGCCUUGCUAAGGCGAUGGCCCCGCGGUCCUUCUCAUACAAGCAGCUUAAGGACGCCACGGAUGGUUACAAAGAAGAGAUCGGUGAGGGGAGAUAUGGCAAAGUCUUUAGACGAUUACUUCCCCUGCGUGACGCGGGCACGCCGAUUGCUGUCAAGAAGCUGAAAAAUGUUCGGGGUAAAGUCGAGGAGAAGUUCCGCAACGAAUUGAAGUCUAUUGGAAGAGUGCACAACCGCAACCUGGUGCGACUGCUCGGUUUCUGCCACGAAGGAUCCGAUUGGAUACUCGUUUAUGAGUAUAUGAGCCGCGGCUCUCUCGCUGACCUCAUCUUCCAGUCCCACGAAGCCCCGCCAAGCUGGAAGCAGAGGGUGAGCAUCUCCAUGGAUGUUGCCAGGGGACUUUACUAUCUGCAUGAAGGAUGCGAUGUCGCUAUCAUCCAUGGCGACAUCAAGCCAGAGAACAUCCUCAUCGGGGACGAUGGAAUUGCCAAGAUCGGAGAUUUGGGCCUUGCCAAGCACCUUCAGCCAGGGAAUCAAAUAACAUACACUCGUCCGAGAGGAACCCCAGGUUAUAAAGCUCCUGAAUGGGCAAACGAUUGGGUAUCGCCCAAAGUGGAUGUAGUCAGCUUCGGAAUACUUCUUUUGGAACUCCUAUGUCUCAAGAAAUUCUGGCAUCUUCAGGAAUUGGAUGGCGAGUUUAACCUCGCCUCUUGGGCAUAUAAAUAUUUGAAGGGGAAAACAAAAUGGCAGGUCCCUGGAGGGGAUGUUGAUAUUGAGGAGCUGAAGGAGAUGAUGAAGGUAGCUCUUUGGUGCUUGCACGGAUCGCCGGAGAAACGCCCGUCCAUGUACGAUGUUGUUAUGAUGCUCUGCAGGAAGAAGAUCGUGGAGUUUCCUCCAGUUCCUUUGCUAGAUUGGAACGACCGUGCGGACACGGGCCAACCGCCCAUGGCCGACGUCGAGAGGGGAUGAAAUCCAAGGUUUUCCAUAAUGAAUCGUGGAUAAAAAAAAUCCUAAUAUAACAUCCAUUAAUUCCUUACAUAGGAACCUCUGCAUGGAAUUACUGGGCACUGAAAGUAUUAGUCAUGCGUAUUUGUAUUUGCCAGUCUGCUUGUCGUAUGUUAUUUCUUUUGUACUCCUAAUAUGGAAUCUUCUCAGUCUUCUGUAUUAGAAUUAACGUUAGAUUGUGUUCUUA